UAUUGCCUGCCAGAUGUCAGUUAAAAAAGGCAAACAGUUUGAAUUUCUAACGUACCACACUUGGCAAGACAGCCAACUAGCAAACACAAAGUAACUUUUCUUCUUUCUUUAGUCUGAAUUCUAGCACAGGCUGUUACUUUUUGAUUUUUGUAUUAAAAGGACAGCAAUAACCAGUGCUUUUUAAAAGAAACAACCACAAUAUAAAACAAUAAAGAAUGAGCAAAAGGGGAAACACUAGCGUUGUAAGAAGGUCUUCAAGGAUUCAGGACAAAGCAGAAGCAGGGCAGCCAAGAGGAGAUGCUCUGGCAACAAGCACUCCAAUCAAAAUUGAGCCAAGGGAAAGCAUACACAUCUACUCCCCAGUACAAAGGGAAGAGGAGAUCUCAUUUUUACGACAAGGAAUCCCCAGCAAAUCAGAGUCUACCAUUUCAGAGAAGACAGCCAUAAAGCGUAUAUUAUCCAAUCCGGAGCCAAGGAUUGUUCAGACUACUACAGAAGAGUUGCUAAAGACAGCAAGGAUGCCAGCACAACAGAAGAGGUAUCUGGAACUGCAAGCUACACCAAAUACACUUUUUGGCAGAAGUUCUGAAGGAAAAAGAAAGCCCUUCUUUUGUAGACCUCUUUGCUUCUGCCUGAUUCCAUUAAUUGUUGUUCUGGCUGCAUACCUUUGGUAUCUAUGGGAACAUGGAAGUGGGAUUCAUGUACUGCAGGUCCCAGGGUUGUUGACAUUCAACAGAAUUUUCUCUUUCAAUCCUUGGUGGAAGAGAGAGGAGUGCAGUUCACAAUGCAGUGUCCACCUAGUUGAAAGCAUUCCAGUUGGUCUUCGUUAUCAGGCUGAUUUACCACACCACACUUCCACCUAUGAUGCCUGGAUGAAUCUGUUGCGUCAAGCCAAUACCAGUGUAGACAUUGCAGCGUUCUACUUCACACUUCGGGAUUCUGAUAUUUACAUGGAGGAAGAAACUGCCUGGCAGGGACAGAACAUUUUUGACAAGAUGAUGGAUUUACUGUCUCAUGACAUCAAAAUUAACAUAGCUGUGAACAGUCCUCAAAAUUCUGGAGAUCAGGAUACCACUGAUCUGGAUAAGCAAGGUGCUAAUAUUCGGCAUGUGGAGCUUUCACAGCUUACUGGUGGUGUUGUUCACACGAAGCUGUGGGUUGUCGACCAGAAACACAUAUACAUUGGCAGUGCUAAUAUGGACUGGCGCUCAUUAACACAGGUAAAGGAGCUUGGAGUUGUGGUUUAUAACUGCAGCUGUCUUGCCAAUGACUUGGAAAAGAUCUUCAAGAUGUAUCAGUACCUGGGACAAGAUGAUGUAUCCCUUCCAUCGGAUUGGCCUGCAGAAUAUGAUGCAGAUUCUAGCAAAGAUAAACCACUGAAACUUCAGUUAAAUGGAACAGAUGCAAGUGUUUAUAUUUCAAGUGCUCCGAAAUCUUUGUGCUCAAAGGAUCGGACAUGGGAUCAGGACGCCAUCAUUAGUGUAAUCAGGGAUGCAAAAAUAUUUGUUUACAUCUCUGUAAUGGAUUUCAUCCCAAUGAUGCGCUACAGUAACCCUCACAGGUACUGGCCAGUUAUUGAUGAAGAGCUGAGAGCUGCAGCAUGUGGAAGAAAUGUGGAAGUCCGACUCCUCAUAAGUUGUUGGAUACAUUCAUACAAGAAGAUGUUCAUCUUUCUUCAGUCACUCAGCAUUCUAAACAGAAAUCCACUGCACUGUAACAUCAAAGUGAGGGUGUUCCGCGUUCCUUCCAGUGCAGCAGAAGAGAAGAUUCCAUUUGCUAGGGUCAACCACAACAAGUACAUGGUGACUGAUCGUGUAGCUUAUAUCGGGACCUCCAACUGGUCAGAAGAUUAUUUUACUUCAACAGCUGGCAUUGCUCUUGUUGUGAAUGAAACCGGAAGUGCCACAGAAGGAGAGACAACUGUGCAAAGUCAGUUGAAGGCCAUUUUUGAACGAGACUGGAGUUCAAAUCAUGCUAAGAAUCUCACUGCUGAGGAUAACAAUGUGUGCUGAUUCCAUCAUGAGUCUCAUUUGUGUGAUGAGUUGAAAUAGGUGUGGCCAUAUUUAUUAUACUACUGUAAUGGCAUUGUGUUGAAUUUCCUCUCAAAGGCAGGGGUAGAAAAAUGCAUCCCUUUACAUAAAACUAUUGGUGGGAGGGGAAAUGAAAAACAUGAUGGAUUUUUUUUUUGUGUGUAGUUCAGGCAGCUCCAGAACUCAGGGAAACUAAAUAGACAAAAUACCCACUGUAGCAUUUUGUUAUAAAAAAAAAAAGAUCCAAAAAAUAUUACACAAAUAUUGUAUUCAAAUAUUUUUGAUGAAAAUAUAUAGCUCAUUCAUUUAGUUAGAAAAGCAUAGCAGGUGUCUGAAAAGGAAACCUUGCCUGCAGUGCUUCUCUUAAUCAAAGACGUUUUUCAGCUUCCAUACUUCUUCAACCUGUGCCCUGGUGCUAAAACCUGUUUCUCUAGCUCACAGAUUAGUGGAACAUUUGAGUGUACUAGUUUCUGCUUUUCCUUUUGGCAGUCUUCUUCCAGCUUUUACAGCCACCCUUUCCAGGAGUUAAAAUAUACUACAGUUUCCUUCAGCCUUUGGUCUACUAUUGAUCAGGCCUGACUUUGACAUGCUCUUAGUGCAUAAUCCAUUAAAAAAACUUCCCAGAUCUGAACUCUGGUGUUUUUAAUGUGGUUUAGUGUUUAAUGAGCCAGAUAUAAAGGGAGAUAUUUCUUCAUAUUUGAAGAAGUUCUUCUGAAUUUUGAAGGAGGAGCAAUUCUUCACUCUGUUGACAUGGCACAACUUUUCAUUAGGCAUAACUUUUAUUAGUUUGUAAGGCAAGUCCUGUUUUACUUCAUUUAAAAGUAAAGUGCUUACUACAAAGAGACAACAUUAUUAACAUAUACACAGGUACACUGUCAUAAAUAAAUAAAAACAGCCAGGGCAAGAGCUCCACAUUGACCGAUGGCAAGGCAGGCUACUGGGAAGGCCUUCUGUCUUAAUGGAUAGCAAGCAGCUAAUGUAGUAAGAAGUAAUUACAUCUGUAUCUGACCAAAAAGGUAAGAAAGGUUUCCAUUAUUUUAUCCUUUGAUAGUUGCACCUUUCCACUACUAGCAGUGGCACUGUACAAAAUAGUUAUAGUGACAGAUUUCUGUUUACACGCUAUUCUAAAUGGGCAAUAAGGCUAAGGAUUCAUCUGCUUAAAAAAACGAAAAGAAAAAGAACAAAAAGAAGUGCAGCCAACCUUUUCUUUGUCAUUGUUUGUGUAUAGCUGGUAACUUUUCCUUCAGUUUAAUUUCUUUUUUAUAAAUGAUGAUGUCAGCAAUGCUUGCUAAUAUUUAUUUUCUUAACAUAACCACUUUCUUAUGUAGCAGUUGAAGCAGCUAAGUCUAUGCAUUCAACAAACAUCAACUCAUGCUGCUAAAUACAGGUUGUUUUAAUGUAUUUUUGAAAAUUACCAGUGUACUUUAACCCAUAAGAAGCUCUCUUACUGGUUACUAUUGGACUGAUCUGGGGCAGUUUUGUAUAUCCAAAUGUUGUAUAUGUAGUUUGAUGAUUUUAAAAAGAAAAUGUACCUGCUGACUUGAACUAACACAUUGUAGGAAACAAACAGGUACAUCACAUUAGGGUUAUAUUUUCUCACAGACCAGUCCAAUCAUUCAGAUUUUGUAUUUUUGUUAGAGAGGAACUGGUCAUUAAUGUUAUGUGAAAUUACAAAGUUACAUGCCUCUUCUGUCCCAACUGAUUCUAUAUAAGUAAAUGUUGAUUCUGAUAUCUGCAUUAAAUCCCCAUUAUAUUUGGAUAGGAGGUACAGAAGAAAAACUUUUGAAGAUGGAGAAGCACAGGAUUUCAUAAACCAUCAAUAAAAAGAAUAUAAUUUUAGUGCAACUAAGAUGCUACAAGAAAGAACAUAAUAGAAAUUGUGCACCCAUACACACACAGACAUGUACAAACAUACUAAAAAAUAUAUAUAAUAUUCACAUUUUCCAUGUCCUUCAGCUGCCACACCUAAAAGCACAAUACAGCAUCUGCAACUCAUUAUAUGCCGAUGUAUUAUACCUCUGACAACUAAAACCUCCAAUAUUAUUGGUACGAUGUUUUGUGUUCCGACAAAGGGACAUAAACUGUAGGCUUUCUGUGUUUGGGAAUUCUUAUUAUUUAGGUAGCAGGUUUUGAUUAUUAUCAUUUUUAAAUCUUUUCUUGCCAUUUAUUUAAAAAGUACAUCCCCACCAAAACAGUCUACAUUAUUAGAUGUAGAUUGUAGUUGUAGUCGUGUGCGUAAAUGUUUGAGCUACUGCUUCAGGUUUCUAUUCGUUUUUUCCUUUCCAGGUUCACCUGCAGCACUGGAUAUAAUCUAAAUUGCUGAAUAUGUGGAAGACUUAAAAAUGUAGUGAGGUAUAUAAAAUUAGGAAGGUUCACCCUAUUGUGAUCAAGUGCCUCUUUCAAGUGUUGUGCAGAUCUAUGAAAGAUAAAAUUUAGGUUGUGGGCAUAACUAGCAUGCAGAUAUACAUUGCAGUUUUCAUCUGCACUUCGUGGUUUAGUCUUUUGGUAAAUAUUUAAAAGGAUUUGUGAUACAGAUAUUCUAAUAUAGAAAACUGUGCAGUGGCACGCAUAUUUCUUUCCUGAGAAACAACUGAGAUAUCACAACUCCCUUCCCAUAUGUGAUAUAAAGUUUUUAAAAUAUUGAGAAUUUUGCAUAUUCUUUUGAACCGUUUAGGCAAGCUAGAGCCUACUUUUUUCUGAUCUUGGAAUUUUACUACUUUAUAAUUUGUCGCCUUUCUGGUAAUGUACUACCAUUCAUAUCCUUUUAUGUAUAUAUUAAGUGCUUUACUCUCACACGUGUAUAUAUACAUACACACACACACACACACACACACACACCAUAAUUGCAACCACUCCUGUUCCUAUCAUAUUCUACAACAGAAAUGCUGCCUAGAAAAUAAAUGAAGCAUUUUCUGUGUCCUGAUUGCAACUUUAGAAAGCAAGAAGGGAUAAUUCAUAUUCUUUAUAUUUAUAUACUUUUAUUUCUCUUUCUAAGAAACCCAUUUCUGUAAAUUUUGGUUCUUUUGCCCUAAGACAUUUUGAAAAACAAGUUAUUUUUGCUGACAGCCUACCCUUAUACUCUUUAAAUACACUGGUUACAUAUCUGAAUGACAAUAAUAAAUCCAUAACACAGAGUUGCUAUAAACUUGUGAAACACUACCAGAUUGUACAUAGCUCUACGUAUGAGUUACAUGUGAGUUUCCUCUGUGAUGGACUGGCAUCUUGUCUGGCAGUGGCUCUCUGCCUUAUGCAUAUUACCUAUUGGGGCAGGUUAUUGAAUAGAUAAAACAGAUAGUGAAGAAUGAAUAAGAAUCUAAUUGAGACCAUAUGCUGUGGUAUCUCUUCUGAAAGUCAUCUUUAUAAUUGUUUCUUAACUGCAGAAAACAGUCCUCUUAGAGUGCAACUCUACACCUCUGGUAUUUUUAACUUUUCUGCAGUAUUAUUUCUUGAAUUUUUUUUGAGGGGUGGGUUCUGAUGAUAUGCUACAUUAUAGUAUAGCUUUCUUACUAAAUCAUUUAAGUAGCUUUUCUACUAUUAAGAGAGUAAACUGCACUUCAUUGUAAUUUGCAUCUUUUUAACCAGUUACCAUCUGAAUAAAUCACCUACAGUGUUCUAAUUCAGGAUGUAUUUUGUGACUUUUUAGGACUUCUGCAAAGAUAAGUUAAAUUAAAACUGAUCUUUCUUCAUGCAGCAUGUGCAUGAUUUAGCUGUCAGAUGCAAGGCUUUCAAAUGAAAUAUUUCCAGCUGGAAGAAGGGACAAUGUGUUACAUUAGACGAUAUUUGAAAUUGUACUAUGACGAAUCAUCUCUGCUUCCUCUCUGGCAAUCUCAGGGAUCAUUCUUUAUGUAGAAACUGUAAAAGAUUUCCCUGUGAAUCCGCAAUACAUAUUCAGGGACUUGAAGUGAAAAAAAAAAAUAACUAGGAGGGAUAUAAGCUUUAGAGACACUGUCUUGCAGAAUCCUUUCCCUGUGUAUGUUCUAGACCUACCUUUUUUAAGUUACUGUUGUGAAGCCACCUAACUGUGACUUUCUGUGGAAUACUCCAGUUAUGAUAAUAAUUUUGCUUCUUUUUAAGGAUUCCAUUAUUAUUAUCAUUAAUAUUAUUGCUGUUAUUUACAUAAUCUUAUGACGUCCCCCUAAAAACUUAUUUUUAAUGUUCACAAUUUCACUUUGUUUUAUUACAGUUUUAAAACAUUAAGCUACUUUCAGUGAUCACAGCCCUCCUUAGAAUUAUGUCAAAGUUGAAGAAGGAUACUUGAGAAUGCUGUUUAAGAGCUUGAUCCUAUUGCAUUUCCUACAGUGGAUUUUAAUAACUAAAUCCCAUAGUCAGCAAAAAGCAAUAACUAAGGAAGAUGCAGUUAGAAGAAAACACAUGACCUGCUAAAUCUGAGCACGUGCUGAAGAACGCCCCAGCACAGCCGCCUCUCCUCCUUUCACUUUCCAUUACUUCACUAGAUAUAUUACAUUUAUUGCAAUCUGUGAAUAUUACUGAGUCUUUUGAGAGGCACCUUACUGCAUAACUGUAAUAAGUCAUUUUUCUUCCCUCCCACAGUUUUUAUACCUGACCUCUCCAAAGCCUCCUCCCUUAUAUAAAACUGUUGGAAAACAAGACACUGCCAUUGUUGUAACACUCCUGCAGGAACAUUUUAUGUUUAUCCCACAUUAUCAAGGUAUAUUAUGUUGUGUAGCUUCUAAACAAUGCUUGUUGCAUCCAUAUUUAUUUAGCAAAUCUCACAAGUAGUGUGAAAACCAUCAGACUCCCUAAUUGCAAAUUACUUCUUUGCUUGAUUCAUAUAGUGGAGCAAUUUACAGAGCAGCCCUUUUAAGCUAGUAAGAAUAAAAUCACACAAAAGGAAUGUGUAUACAAGAAAGGAAGAAAAGUAAGGUGCCCUAGACAACCCAUAUUUGAUUAGAGGCAUGGGCAUUGGAGGGGAUAGGGUUGGGAGGAUCAAAGUGAGCAGCUGCAGCCAGUGUGCCCAUGCUAGGAAAUGGAGGGGAGCACCCAGUAGGAGCAUUGAGUAUUGUACCCAUGGACCACCAGCCUGCAAGCGUAUGCUACCAAGCUGUGAGCACUUAGCAACCUGGGAACUAGUGUGUGUGUGUGUGUGUGUGUGUGUGUGUGUGUGUGUGUGUGUGUGUGUGUGUGUGUGUGUGUGUGUGUGUGUGAGACAUUGUAAACACACAAACCUUCCUAAUGUCAGGCAGCACGAUGGGGCUCAAGGAAAGCCAAAGGGAGAGAACCUCAGGGGUAGGCUACUCCGCACAAUCUGUUGGUCCACUUCCUGCCACUCACUACUGGAGAAAUAAGUGGUCAGAUUAGGAUUCCUGAGCAGGAACGAAUGGACCAUAAAGCUCUCACUUGACCUGGAGAUGUGCAGCUCUCACCUCUAUGGAAUGAAUAAACUGAUUGUGUACUGGCAGUGGAGCCAUCGGGCAGGAUCUGCAAAGAAGGAAGAACAAAAAUGCAGGAAAGAUAUGAUGUAAGAAUGCUUAUAUGAUGUUAUAAAUUAAUUUGUUGAAGUUCUUUUAUAAAUAGGAGGCAAACUUUUUUUUUUUUUUUUUACUUAAAAGCUCUUACCAUUUGUAAAUAGCUUAAUUUAAUUGGGAUAGGGAUUUUUUUUUCAAAAUAACCAAAGAAGUGUUUCAGCUUUUAAGGUGUUUUUAUUCUAAUCACAGCAGAAGGGGUCAAAACCUUCUGUUUCAUAUAAAAUUAGUCCUUCUUUCUGAAGGCUUUGUUUGUUUUAUUCUUAAAAAGUAGGUAGCAGACAUUUUUCUUAUGUUUUACAGCAUUAAAUGGUAUAUCAGGGCAAUGGACACCAUGUAUCAUUACUUUGUUUUUCACUCUGUACGUAAAUAGUUAUGCUGUGGUAUCAGAUUCAAGUGUAGUUUUGUAAGUUGUAUGCAAAAAUUCAUUAAAGUUUCUUUGACAAUACAAUACUUCAGAAAUGUACUGCUUAGUUGACUAGAAUGAAAAAAAAUCAGUAUCUGUUGUAUAUUACCCUUGCUGUGAUUCAGCAAAAAAUAUGCACCAUCAUUUUAAAAAUAAUGCCCAGUAAUGAAUGAAUUGCUGAGCGUGCAGAGGAUUGUAAUCUGAAGAGCAAAAUCAGUAGUUGUAAAUUUCCAGAUUUUUCCAGACAGACUACUUAUUACAUAUAGAUGACAAGUGAUAUACUUUUUAGUUUUAGAUGAAUGUUCUAUAAAUUCAUUUGCUUCUAAGACAAUGAAGGAGUGAUGUUCAAUGGGAAAAAACUUUGUAAUUUUUGUUACCUGCUGAUUAUUGGUGUGCACUUUAAGGAGAGUGUACCUAAGCUUUAGGGGUAACAGCACACCUCAAAAGUCUUUAUAAUCCACGUUUACUAAAUUGUUCCAACUUGAUAUUCAAAAGGAAAUGAAAAACAACGUAAAUAAUUAUUUAAAAUACUGAUGAGUAUGAGGAGUGAUAAAAAUGUUGGUGCCUGUUGUACAAACUCUUCUUUUUAGAUUUUUUUGAUAAAAAAAUAAUCGGUCUGCACCAAAUUUCUUUAAAAAAAAAAAAAAACUACAUUCUUGUUUAAGGACAAUACUUCUGUAUCUAUCUAGGCAAACUGUCAUUUCUGAAAAAGAAAGAAACUCCACAAAAAUGGUGGACAGUGUCUUAUUUGUAUACUGUCACAGAUUACAUUUAAUCCCCACAUGUAUUCACCUGGCAAGAGAAUGCAAGAUUGUAGCAUUUUUUUCUUUUAUUUAUUUAAGAGAAAAAAAAUGAACCCUUGGAAAUUCAUCUUUUAUGGGUGAUUUAGAGUUUUUUUUUGUUUGUUUGUUUGUUCAAUUUUCUCCUGUUCAAAAAAACAAUGUACUAGGAGAAUUUAGAGAAAUAUUAAGGGUUAUUUCAUAUUUCCUAACCUACCACCACAGCAAGCAAGUGGGAUUUCAGUUAAACAUAUUUUCUAAAACGGACAAGCAGCAAAUUUGAUUUUACUGUGCACAAUGAGUACAUUGUUAGAGUCUGAAAUGAACUGGCUGUUUAUUUUAUUAAAUGUUUAUUAUUUCAAGAAGA